GCAAUUUUGCCACAAAAAGCUUUAGUUUUUCUCUCCUUGCCCCUUUUUCCUUCCCUCUUCUUCUCUUUAGUCUUCCGGUCCAUAGCCUCAUAUCUUCUCAGCUUUCCAGACAAAGCAAGCCCUUCGCCGCCAGAUCCAUAUAUCUAUCCCAAAUAAGGUUGAAGGAAAUGGCGAGAGAGAAGAUAAAGAUAAGAAAGAUAGAUAACGCAACGGCAAGACAAGUGACCUUUUCGAAGAGGAGGAAAGGGCUGUUCAAGAAAGCUCAAGAGCUCGCUAUUCUCUGUGAUGCUGAGGUCGGUCUUAUAAUAUUUUCUUCUACAGGAAAACUUUUUCAGUUCUCCAGCUCAAGUAUGAAGGAAAUCAUUGAAAAGCAUAGUUUGCAAUCAAAGAACAUACCAAGAGUGGAUCAACCAUCGCUUGUUUUGCAACUUGACAACAGUGAUGAUGGUGCAAGAUUAAACAAACAAGCUGCUGAACUAACCAUACAACUCCGGAACCUGAGGGGAGAAAAUAUUGAAAAUCUUGACAUUGAGCAACUGCAGAAGAUAGAAAGCACCUUAGAAUGUGGACUUAGUCGUGUGCUGGAGAAAAAGGAACAAAAGAUUGUAGAGCAGAUCAAUGAUCUUCAACAAAAGGGAUUGAAAUUGAUUGAAGAAAAUGCACGAUUGAGGAACCAAAUAUCAGCGUUGCAUGUUGAAACGACAUGGGAAUCUGUUGCUGGUAAUACUGAUCCAGAGAUCGCGGAAAAUGCUGUAAUUGAAGAUGGACAAUCAUCUGAAUGUGUUAGCAAUAUUUCACACUUGGGUGGAUCUCAAGAUCUCAACGAGAGCGCUGAUCCGUCUCUGAAAUUAGGGUAAAUUUUUUAUAACGAAAUUGUGCUGUUCAUGAGUAAACAUUUUCUUUGUCAAGUAUU